AUGAUGGUUCUUUCCAGUAAUGGCAGCCGCAGCAUGGUGAAGAAGAAUCCAACGUGGAUAAACAACAACACUGAUAACAGCUUCUGCAUUUAAACGGUUAUUUGUGUUAACAGCUACCCGUAGUUUGGGGUUAGAGCAUCUUUAAACCGGACCAGUUGAAAAGAAAACCGACAGAAAUCCCGUCACAAAAUGCCUCAUCGAAAGAAGAAGUCGUUCAUUGAAAAGAAGAAGGCUGUGACCUUUCACCUCGUCCACAGGAGUCAGAGGGACCCGCUGGCUGCAGAUGAGAAAGCCCCACAACACGUCCUCCUGCCUGCCGCCAAGGCGGACAUAGAGAAGAGACGCGAAGAGCAGAGGCAGUUUGGAGUUUUCUUCGACGAUGACUACGACUACCUACAGCACCUGAGGGAAGCGUCGGUCCCGUCUGAGCUGGUGGCAGCCGGCCCCUCACACGCUGACAGGAGCCUGAUUCAUCUCCGUGAUGGAGACGAGGAAGAUGAGGAGGAGGGUGACACAGACACAGACAAGGCCAUUCCUGCCUCUACCAUCAACUUGCCCUCGUCAGUGUUUGCCUCAGAGUUUGAGGAGGAGGUGGGACUUCUGAACAAAGCUGCUCCUAUCUCAGGACCACGGCUGGACAUGGACCCCGACAUCGUGGCUGCUCUUGACGACGAUUUCAACUACGACGACCCUGACAACCUGCUGGAUGAUGACUUCAUCAUCAAAGCAAACUCUGCAAGCAGAGCAGCAGACAUAGAAGGUGAUGAAGAAGAUGAUGAUGAUGAUGAUGAUGAGUGGGAGGACACAGAUGAGGAAGGUGACUUUGACUCAGAGGGCGGGUUUUCGGGCGAUGAGGAUAUGGAAGGCCGUGGUCGAGAGUUCCUGUUUAUGGACGAGGAGACGAGGAGUCGAUUCACAGAGUACUCGCUGACGUCGUCUGUGAUGAGGAGGAACGAGCAGCUCACCCUGCUCGAUGACCGCUUCGAAAAGUUUUACGAGCAGUUCGAUGACGAUGAGAUUGGCGCUCUGGACAACGCUGAGCUGGAGGGCUUCAUCCAGCCAGACAGCGCUCGCCUGGAAGAAGUUAUCAAAGACUAUUUCAUACAGAAAGAGAAGGAAUCCCUGAGGCCUGAUGAUUUGGGUCCCAAAGAACUUCCUGUCCUAAAGGAGGAGGAUGAGGAUGAUGAGGAGGAAGAAGAGAUGGAAACGGUUGUUAUCAAGGCUCCAGAAGAGAAGUGGGACUGUGAAACAAUCAUCAGCACAUAUUCCAACAUAUACAACAGACCCAAAGUCAUUCAAGACCCACCAAAGACAAAGCCGAUCCGGGUGUCCAGCAAGACGGGUAUCCCUCUGGACGUCCUCCCUGCAAAAGGCAUGACCGCCAAGCAGGCUGAGCGCAUGACGAGGAUCAACGACUCGGACCUGCCUCGUGUCUCCACCCAGCAACGCAACAAGGAAGAGAGCAAAGAGGAGAGGAAGGCGAGGAAACAGGCCAUCAAGGAAGAACGCAAGGAGCGGCGAAUGGAGAAGAAAGCCAACAAGACGGCGUUUAAGGAGGAAAAAGUCCGACAGGAGAAGCAGAUGUUGAACCUGAGAACGAACGUUCAAGGCCUGAAGCUUUAGUAGCCGACUGCCCGCACAGACUUUUUUCCCCAAGCUGGUGGCAUCAUCAGCGGACACGCUGCUCUUCACUUCAGUGGAGCUGACAAACAACCCCAUAAUAGAGGACUGACGGGGUGCUGAGAGGCUCGAGGUUCCUCACAUCAUGAGAUUAAGUUCAGUUAACUCAUUAAUGAACUUUAUCUGCAGUGAACCAGCUCAACUCAUCAUGUUAUAGCAGGCUGAAAUCCAGUACUCCAGUACUAACAGCUGGGUACUGAAAAGACGGAGAAUUAAAAACUGAUGUACCAAAA